AUGAUCGAUGUGGCGAGCGGCGAACUCCGGAUGGACAGGGUCCGCAGACGGGACACCCUGACCCUGUGUCGCGAAAUCCAACGGCACGUGGCGCCCGGGACCACAAUAACCACGGACGAGUGGGCGGCCUAUAGGAGGAUUCCUGCGCUCCGGGACGCGGCUGGAGUUUCCCUGAACUACACCCACCUGACCGUAAACCACAGCCAGCAGUUCGUGAACUCCAGGAACGGGGCCCACACUCAAAACAUCGAGUCUGCGUGGGGACCCGCCAAGGCGCUGCUCGUCCGCACCAUGAAGGGGUGGAGCAACCCGGGUGCCCACACACCGCAAGGACGAGCGGAGGCAGACCGCAUGCUGCAGACUUACCUGGACUGGGUCUGGUGGCGAUCAAUCAACGGCCCCACGAAGUGUAAGUACACCUUCCUGCGGCUCCUCGAAACCAUCGCAAGGCAGUACCCACAAGGCUAAAAAAGAUCCCGCCAGCGCCAGGUCAACGCGACGACCGGUCAUGGGGAAUCGUUCCCACUUCAACAUGGAUGAUAUACAUAUAUUACUACAAGGAAGAAGACGACGGGCUGUCUCGGCGCCACGGACACGAGCGAGGGGCUCGCGGCGGUGGCGGUCAGUUUGCAAUUAAAAAGCUGA